AAAAUAUAAAUGCUUUAAAUGCAUGCUUCCGUUAUUAUUAUAUUUUUUUUUUCUUUUUCUAAAAAUUAAAAAGUGAAAUAAUGACUUUAUUAAAUUUUUCAAAUCGCCCGUCAAAAUAUUAUUUAUUAUUGACAAUUAUUUUAUUUCAUUUAAUUGUCAUUGGGAUAAAUGCAUCGUCAUCAGAUAAAAUAAAUCAAGCUGAUUCAUCAAAAACACAAUCAACAGCAUCACGAAAUCCGACAGAAACGGCUUCUUUGUGGAGUAUUUUUAAAAAUAUUUUUACUAAAAAACAACCCGAUCCUAAUAAAUUUGGUAAAUUUGAAAUUGAUAAAAAUAUUAAUGAAACAAAAAAUAUACUUGUUGGAUCAUUUGUUGGAGGGUUAAGUCAUCUUAGGCCAUCAUUGGAAAUUUGUAAGAUUUUGAUAGAGCGCGGAUAUAAGGUAGCUUUAGUUGCACCAGGAAAUUUUACGUCACCCACAAAUUAUCCAUCGAUAAGACAAUAUUCCACUGGACCGGAACAUAAUACAAAAGAAUUAUUACACAUAUAUAAAGAAAUAUAUGAAAAACCAUACGAUUAUAAUUCAUUUUUCUUGGAAAAAGAUGAAGCGGAUAAACAAUAUUCAGAAAGAUUUGAAGUUUAUAAACGAUCUACGAUAGAUUUUAAACCAGAUUUAUUUUUAUGUGAUUUAUUAAAUAACGAAGCUUGUUUUGAUAUUGCAUGGAAAUUUAAAAUACCAGCAGUUGGUGUUAGCAGUUCAUUAAGCAGGCGAACAUUUGCACCGUACAAAUCAGAUCCAAUUUAUGGAUGUCAUUCGAAUAUGGAAAAAGGAUCAUUUAUCGAGAGAUUUAAAUGUUUAAUCAUACAACCCGCCAGAUUUCUUUAUGAAUCUAGACAGAGAAUUAUUUUUUUAAAUGAAAAAAGACUUUCGGUUGGUGUAUCUCCUAUAACUAGUUCUUUAGAAAGAAUUAAAAAUUCUUUAUUCUUGGCUGAUACUUACUUUGGUUUUGAGAUUCCACAUCCUGUACCUCCACUUUAUCAAGAAAUUGGGCCAGUGAUGCAAGAAUCAUACCCACCAUUAACACCAAAACUUUCAUCAUUCUUGUCAUUACAUCAGAGAAUUAUGUAUGUAUCAUUCGGUAUGCAAGCUUUCACGACACUGGAAAAUUAUGCAAUAUUGUUAAAAUCAUUUUUAGAAGUUAUAGACAGAAAUAUUAUAGAUGGAAUUGUUUGGUCAUUAUCAGGUCUUGAAAAUUUCCCAACGCUGUCAGAUGACACACAAUUAGAAACGUCAGAAAUUCUCAAUAAUCGUUAUACUCAUAUUUAUGUUACUACAUCUUCAUCAUUAGAAGAAUUAACACCGCAAGUAUCCAUAUUAAAUCAUUCAAAUACAAAAAUAUUUUUAACACACGGAGGAGUAGCAAGUUGUCAUGAAUCAUUAUAUGUAGGCAAACCUAUGUUAAUAUUACCAUUAGCUUCAGAUCAAUUUUCUAAUGCUGAAAAGUUAGAAGAACAAGGUGUUGCACUUAAAUUGGAUAAAAUGGAUUUACACGUAGACGAUAUUGUAAGAAAAAUCGAAUUUUUACAAUUAGAAUCCAGAGUUAAAAUUAAUUUAAAAAGAAUGCAGAUAUUAACAAAAAUUAAUAGUAAACGAAAAUAUAGAGCUGCCGAUUUAAUUGAAUUUGUUAUGAAAGCUUCUCAAUUAAAUCCAAACAACAAUGAUGUGAAAGAAAGUGUUGUUGAUAAUAGACAUAUGAAAGAAGGAAAAGAAUCUUCAGAAAAAGUAAGUAAUGAAACUAAUUCUGAAUCUAUUGAACCUGCAAUAGAAGAUAUAUAUGAAUGGUUAUUAAAAGAAUGGAUUACACCUGAUUCGAGAAUGGGAUUUAUUAGAGGAAAAUAUUUAGAUGUUUAUGGAGUUGUAUUAAUUUUAUUAUUUAGUAUAAUUGGGUCCAUAAUUUGGACUGGUUGGUCAGUAGUUAGUUUUAUUGUUAAUAGUAUAGCUUCUUUAUUUGAAGGAAAAUUAAAAUCCGAUUAAUUAAGAGCGUUAAAGUAGUAAAUCAGAAAUUAUUAUAUAAAUUUUUAUCAUUUAUUAAAUUUAUUUUUAGAGUAAUAAAUUUUUUUUUAAAUUUACGUAGUAACUGCGGAUUUACCGCUAAACAAU